AGUAGCUAAUUAGUAAUGGAGACUUCAAUAUUCUCCUUUGUUCUGUCAAUCUUAUUUUUAAUAGGCUUUGCCUUCUCAUUGAAUUCUGUCACAGAUAAAAAUGCACUGAUUUCCUUCAAAAACUCCAUCACUUCCGACCCUAAUGCUAUCUUGAGCACCAAUUGGUCUCAAAAUGCAUCAGUUUGUUAUUGGAUUGGUGUGUCGUGCGGCCUCAAACACCGUCGUGUCACUGCUCUCAAUCUCCCUGGCUACGACCUUGCUGGAACUGUCGCUCCACAUCUCGGAAACCUUUCGUUUCUUAGAUAUUUGGAUAUCAGUUCCAAUAGUUUCACGGGGACGUUACCCUUUGAGCUCUCUAAACUGCGUCGUUUGAAGGUGAUGAAUGUGGGAGCAAAUUCAUUUACCGGAGAAAUACCAACAUGGUUGGGUAUUUUACCUCAACUGGAGGAGCUCUAUUUGUACAACAACACUUUCUUAGGUACAAUUCCUAUGUCUUUGUUUAACAAUACCAUGCUACAAAUAUUACAAUUGAACAAUAAUCAAUUGAGUGGGCCCAUACCACAUGAUAUGUUCAAUGUGUCUUCCAUAAGAGAAAUUAGAAUCAGAAAUAAUAGCCUAUCAGGUUGGCUCCCAAAUGAUAUGUGCAACAAUAUGCCCAACAUCAAAAUAUUGUCACUCUCAUAUAACCGACUUGAAGGACAUAUUCCAUCAAAUAUAUGGAAAUGCAGGCCUCUUGAGAUCUUGUCAUUAUCCUUCAAUAAUUUCAGUGGCAACAUCCCACGUGAAAUUGGGAGAUUGAGAAUGCUAACAUACUUGUACUUGGGGUACAAUAAUGGAUUUCGAGAAGGGGUUCCGCCUGAAAUAGGAAAUCUUUCGAGACUAGAGAGAGUAAACAUCGACGACGCUUCUCUGACUGGAGAUAUUCCAUCUUCUAUCUUCAACAUGUCUUCCUUGACGUUCUUAAGUUUCUCUGACAAUAGUUUGUCAGGAAGUAUCUCAACAUUCCACAAUCUACCGAUGCUUGAGAAGUUAUAUCUUGAUAAUAACAAGUUCACAGGUUGGCUCCCAAGUAUUAUGUGCAAUAAUAAUUCCAGCAUCAGAGAAGUUUAUCUCUCAGAGAACCAACUUGAAGGGAAUAUUCCACCAAAUAUGUUGACUUGCAAACAUCUUCAAUUGUUGGACUUUUCCCAAAACAAUCUCAGUGGCAACAUUCCUCGUUCAAUUGGAAAUACGAGCAUGCUUAGAGAUUUAUACUUGGCAUUCAAUUAUUUCACAGGUGAAAUACCACAAGAGAUUGGCACUCUAUCGAUGCUCGAAGUUUUCACUGUGUUUAGCAAUUCCCUAUAUGGAUCCAUCCCAUCUUCCAUAUUCAACAUAUCAACAUUGAUGAUAUUCGAAAUUUCGUACAAUGAUUUUUCUGGUACUCUUCCUUCAGAUUUGGGGAAUUCACUUGUCAAUCUUAAACGGCUUAUACUGGCUUAUAACAACCUCAGUGGCCCAAUUCCAACCUCUCUCACCAAUGCUUCUAAACUGACAGUCUUGGACAUGUCUGCCAACUCAUUUAGUGGUUCCAUACCCUACUUUGGUAAAUUGAAGUUCCUCCAAGCACUUUUCAUUUGGAAUAAUAAUUUGAGUGGAACAGAAUUCCCAUCUCAGGAAUUGACAUUUCUCUCUUCAUUAACUAAUUGUCGAAAUUUGAAGAGCUUGGAAGUAUCAAGCAAUCCACUAAAUGGCAUCCUACCCCCCUCAAUUGGGAAUUUUUCCUCUUCUCUUGAGAGUUUUGCAGCAUUAAACAACAAUAUCAUGGGUGGCAUUCCGGCUGAAAUAGGAAACUUAAGCAGUUUGCUAUUACUAAGCUUGGCUAUAAACCAGCUCAGUGGGCCCAUUCCACCAAUGAUUGGAAAAUUGAAGCAACUCCAAAGGUUAGAUCUAAAUAGAAAUCAAUUGAGAGAUUCUAUCCCUAAUGAUAUCUGCCAAAUUACUAAUUUGGGGGAGUUAAGUCUACAUGGUAACAUGCUUGUGGGUCCAAUACCUGAAUGUUUGGGUAAAGUUAAGUCACUUAGAGUUGUCAACUUAGGCUCCAACCAAUUGAAUUCAAUUGUUCCUCCCAACUUUUGGAUUCUUACCGACCUUGUGACUUUGAACUUGUCCUUGAAUCAUUUGAGUGGUAAAUUGCCACCACAAAUUGGAAAUUUAAAGUUAAUCACCUCCUUCGAUUUGUCAUCGAAUCAAUUUUCAGAUGGUAUUCCCAACUCCAUUGCCGAUUGCCAAUCGCUAACAUUUCUCAACUUAUCGAAUAAUUUGUUCAGUGGAGUCAUACCUCAAUCGUUGGGAAGGAUUAGAGGUUUGGUAACAUUGGAUUUAUCUUACAAUAAUCUCUCUGAGUCAAUACCCAAGUCCUUAGAGAACCUUCCCUUGCUAGAAAAUUUUAAUGUUUCCAACAACAAAUUGAAGGGAAAAAUUCCAGAUGGAGGACAUUUUCAAAACUUUAGUGCUUCGUCUUUUUCCCACAACUUAGCACUUUGUGGUCCAAUAACAUUUCAAGUUCCACCGUGCCCCACAAAUCAUCAUAGAUCAUGGUUAAAGAAAUUAAUGGUGUCAUCUUUGAUUUUGGCUGUCAUUGUGGUGAUUGUUGUUCUUGUUUACAUAAAGAUGUGUAAACAGAAAAAAUUAGCACCCACAACUAAUAUUUUACCAUCAACUACUAAAGGGAGAAGAGUUUCUUACAUAGAACUUGAACGAGGAACAAGUUCAUUUAGUGAAACCAACCUACUUGGGAGAGGUAGUUUCGGUUCUGUAUUCGAAGCAAUACUUUCUGAUGGGUUGAAAGUUGCAGUAAAAGUGUUCAACUUGGAACUGCAAGGAGCAUUAAGGAGCUUUGAUGCGGAAACUUCUAUAUUGAGCAGCAUUCGACAUAGAAACUUAGUUCAAGUUAUUGGAUGUUGUUGUAAUAUGGAAUUUAGGGCAUUGAUUCUCACAUAUAUGCCAAAUGGAAGCUUGGAUAAAUGGUUACAUUCCAACAUGUGUGGUUUGGAUCUUAUACAAAGAUUGAAAAUAGCCAUAGAUGUUGCAGCAGCAUUGGAAUAUCUUCACCACGGCCAUACAUUCCCAGUUGUUCAUUGUGAUAUAAAGCCAAGUAACGUGUUGCUUGAUCAAGACAUGACUGCUCAUCUUGCUGAUUUUGGUAUUUCCAAGCUUUUCGAUGGAGGGGAAACUGUCAUUCAAACACAAACAAUGGCAACCAUUGGUUAUGCAGCACCAGAGUUUGGAAUGGAAGGCAAAGUGUCAACAAAUGGGGAUGUAUACAGUUUUGGGAUAUUGCUGUUAGAGAUAUUCACUGGAAAAAGGCCGACAGACGAUAUGUUCGGUGAAGAAAGGGGCAUAAAAGAGUGGAUAAGUGAAGCAUUAGAUCAAAAUGUAGCAACUCAAAUGGUUGCGCCAGAAUUGUUGUCAAGGGAAGAUCAACAUUUUUCUACCAAGGUGCAAUGUUUGUUGUCAAUAUUUAUAUUGGCAAUGAAAUGUUUAGCCGUUUCAGCAGAUGAAAGAAUCAACAUGAUUGAAGCAACAUCUGCUUUGCACAAGAUCUAUGCUACAAUUGUUGCAGGGACAGAAAGGCGUCGUCCAGGGUAUGCUUUUGCAGCUAGUAUUCGCCAUACGAGGGUUUGAUUCUUGUAUAUAUCCGAUAUAGCAGAGCAUGAAAUAAAUUCCACAAUAGAAAUAUGUAUGAUAUGUGUUGAAUUUGACUUAGAAUAUAAUGAGACCGUAAAGUUGUAUA